CCAGAGCGAGGAUGAGGAAGGCUGUCUGCGCUCCUCUCUGAUGCAGAUUCAGCCUGAACGUGCCCACUGUCAACAUGGCAAAGCGGUGGUCCGCGUUGCCCACUUCUAACAUGGCGGCGCUCAGCCCGGUCCGCUCAUUGACUCUCGUGUUCCUGGUGGUCAGCGCCUGUCCCGCGCGCUGCUUUCACGCCAGAGAGGUGGCGAUGGAGGAGGAGACCGUCAUCAUCGGCCUCAGGCUGGAGGACACGGACGACGUGUCGUUUAUGGACAGGGGCUACCUGCGCGUAAGCGAGCGCUCGCGCGUCAAGCUGCGCGUUUACGGGCAAAACAUCAACAACGAGACUUGGUCCAAGAUCGCGUUCACGGAGCACGAGCGCGCCGCCGACAGCUACGGUUACGCGCCCGGUUUGCACCCCUGCGGCAUCCGCUCGAGCGACAUCAUCAUCCUUCCGAACGUGGAAGUGAACCGCAGGACGUCCGGCGUGAUCGAGAUCGACGUGAAGCCGCUGCGCAAGACCGAGAAGAGCAAGGUGUACUACCUGUGCAUCGCCACGCAGGACGACGACGCGCGUCCAGAGAGCAGCUGGGUGUACCACGACGGCCACGACACCAAGGUGCUGGUGGUGGAGGAGAAGAAGUUCCUGCUGCCCUUCUGGCUGCAGGUGAUCUUCAUUGCCAUGCUACUGUGCCUGUCCGGCAUGUUCAGCGGCCUCAACCUGGGACUCAUGGCACUGGACCCCAUGGAGCUCAGGAUCGUCCAGAACUGCGGGACGGAGAGGGAGAAGAACUACGCCAAGAAGAUCGAGCCUGUGCGAAGUCAGGGAAACUACCUUCUGUGUUCCCUUCUUUUGGGAAACGUUCUCGUGAACACCACUCUGACCAUUCUGCUGGACGACAUUGCAGGGUCUGGCUUGAUUGCGGUGGUGGUGUCCACCAUUGGGAUUGUCAUAUUCGGAGAGAUCGUGCCACAGGCCAUCUGUUCGAGACAUGGGCUUGCUGUUGGGGCAAACACCAUAUUCUUGACUAAGUUCUUUAUGAUCCUUACUUUUCCUGCUUCUUAUCCAGUCAGUAAGCUUUUGGACCACGUGCUGGGGCAGGAGAUCGGGACCGUGUAUAACCGAGAGAAGCUUCUUGAGAUGCUCAGGGUUACAGACCCAUAUAAUGACUUGGUGAAAGAGGAGCUCAAUAUCAUCCAGGGAGCUCUGGAGCUGAGGACUAAAACCGUGGAGGAUGUGAUGACCCCUCUUCGUGACUGCUUCAUGAUCACCGCUGAUGCCAUCCUGGACUUCAACACCAUGUCUGAGAUCAUGGAGAGUGGCUACACUCGCAUCCCGGUUUUUGAAGGAGAGAGGUGUAACAUAGUCGAUCUGCUGUUUGUGAAGGACUUGGCGUUUGUGGAUCCAGAUGACUGCACCCCACUGAAAACCAUCACCAAGUUCUACAGCCACCCUUUGCAUUUUGUCUUCAAUGAUACUAAGCUGGAUGCCAUGCUGGAGGAGUUCAAGAAAGGUAAAUCCCAUCUGGCUAUUGUCCAGCGAGUGAACAAUGAAGGGGAGGGAGACCCUUUCUAUGAGGUUCUGGGCAUUGUCACAUUAGAGGAUGUCAUUGAGGAGAUCAUUAAGUCUGAGAUUCUGGAUGAGACUGAUUUGUACACUGACAACAAGACGAAAAAGAAGAUAGCUCAUCGGGAGAGGAAGCAAGAUUUCUCUGUUUUCAAGCCAACAGACAACGAUCUUGGGAUCAAAAUAUCACCACAGCUUCUCCUGGCGACCCUGCGGUUCCUAGCAACUGAGGUAGAGCCGUUUGGACCUGCUCAAAUGUCAGAGAAAAUCCUCCUGCGCUUGCUCAAACAUCCCAACGUCAUCCAAGAGCUCAAAUAUGAUGACAAGAACAAGAAAAUGUUAGAGCAUUAUCUCUUUCAUCGCAACAAGCCUGUGGAUUACUUCAUCCUCAUCCUACAGGGGAAGGUGGAGGUUGAGGCUGGCAAGGAGGGGAUGAAGUUUAAAGCAGGGCCAUUUUCCUAUUAUGGAAUGAUGGCCUUAACAUCAUCACCAGGUCUGUGUAAUGGAGCAACACAAACACACACAACACAAAUGACCUUAGAACUUUUUGUUUGCUACACAGAGAAUAAGUCACCUCCACGACCUUUUGGACUCAACCACUCGGACUCUGUGAACCGCAAUGACCGCAUGGAAGCUCUCACACCAACCCUCGGCAGCAGCAACAACCAGCUCAAUGCCUUCCUGCAGAUCUAUGUGCCGGACUACUCUGUCAGAGCAGCCUCUGAUUUGCUCUACAUUAAGGUGACCCGGCAGCAGUAUCAGAACGCUCUCAUGGCAUCCCGCAUGGACAAGACGCCACAGUCUACUGACAGCGAGUUCACUAAGAUAGAACUCACACUGACUGAACACCAGGACGGACCAGGAGGCGAGUCAGCUUCACUGCUGAUCCAGCAGCAGAACUCCACCAGUGCGCAUAAACCCAACCACACUGCACACAGUGAUGGAGCUAUCUAAAGGAUAUGAGAGAGCUCUGUUCUCUGAGUUGUUGAGCAGUUGGGAAGCUUUCACAGGGCAGCUUCUCCAGGAUAAAAUGAACCCUCUGAUUUUCUACUUUUUAUCACAAACUUUCCAAGGGACAGAGGGCACAGUAAAAUAUUACAUACCACACUGUGGGACGUGCUACUAUUGCGGGCAUUAGCAGAACUAGGACCGACCACCCUCCUCUUACUCACUCAGCCACAUUCUAAUCAGAACUCACUCACAUCCAGCAAUAGAGAAACAAUAAGAGUCUCAAAAUGGCCAUAGCACUGUCCACUGUCACUUCUAUUGAAGGCCGGUGAGGAAUGAAAAAUGAAAAUGUAGUGCGUUAUAAUGCAGUAUUAAUGUGAGGUCUCAUCAUCCAAUGACAUACUGAGUUAACAGGAGUGGGGCUCAUUUGUCAUUUGGGUGUGCGAAGAUCACAUUUUAAAAGGAACAGCAAAUCUAGUUUGGCAUUAAUCAAAGUUUUCUUACCUCAGUUCUUUGGUUAGAACAAAAGCUACGAGUGUAAGCAAUGUAGGCAUGACGGGCAUGUUUUAAUUAACGUGAUAUUUGAUAGGGUUAAUUUAUGAGCUUAGAAAA